AUGUUGAUAGAUCAUGCUUAUUCUGAUAUUGAAAGAGAUGUAAACAACGAUCUGUUAGUUCUUUCUCACAUGAGUAAUGAUUCGUUGAAACAGCUAGCUAGAUAUCAUCCGAAUCAUCCUGAGCCGAAGAAGAUAGCUGAAUUUUUCGGAUUCAUCAAGGAUGUGAACUAUGUUGAUCCAGAUCUAGUGAAUCACCAAAACUGGAGAAAUGAGGAAGAGAUGAAAGAAGCUGCUUAUGCUGAUGAGUUAAAAGCUCUUGAAGAAUUCAAAAGUACACGAAAUGAUUGGUUUGUGAAAGAACCGAGGAAGAGAGGCAAGAAAGCUACUCCCAAAGCAAAAAAGGGAGAGGGUUCAUCUUCACAGCCUAAGAAACGUCAAAAGAAUGUUGCAAAGACUUUACUUAUUGAUGAACCUGAUGUGGAAGAACCGGUACCAGAAGCUGAGGUUGAAACAGAACUUGAUGUUGAAGCUGAAGCUGAAACUGAAGCUGAAGCUAAUAUUGAAGUUGAUGUUCGUUUAUCGCCUAAUUCUCAGAGUUUGCUAAAGAAACUUAAGGCUUUUAAUGCUAAGAAAGAUAAAGCUGCUGUUGAUGCUCAGAAAGAAAAAGUAGCUGAUGAUAUAGAAGGUGAUGACGUGAACAAAAGUACAAGAAGUUCUUCUAGUUCUUCUGAAGAUGAAAUUGAUGAGUUAAGAAAGAGAAAAAGACAGGAGAAGGAUGAUGAUGCAUAUAUUCCAUCUCCUGAACAUGUAUCUGAAUCUCAAUCAACUCCUUCAGGUGGAAGGAAGAAAGUUGGUGCUAGAAAAAGGAUUGUUUCUCCAAAGAUAAAGAAGGUUACUCCAAAGAUCAAGAAACCAACGAAGAUUGUGCUAAAGAAGAAACCUUCCCAAGAACCAAGUAAACCACCAUCACCACCACCUGAACCAAUACCACAUCAAUCACCUAUACACUCACCACCUCAUCAAUCACCUCCAAAACAACCAGCACCACCAAGACAACCAUCACCAUUUCAUCUCACACCACCUCAUUCACCACAACAAAUUCAUACCAUUACACCACCACAAGAAACAACCUUACUUACCUCUCAACAAAUCUUUCAAACUCCACCACUUGCACAACCACCCAUUCAAACCACACCUGGUUCUUCGGGGUACAAAGGUUUUCCACCCGUUCCUCCGAACUUGAGUAUGGGUCUUGAUGAGAUUGGAGACUUUGAUUUUGCAAGUAAUGUUCAAGUGAAAAAAUGUAGAAAGUAA